UCUAGAACCCCACAAUCAAAAUGAUUUCUGUAACCCGUCUUCUAUUCCUGAUCUUAUUUCAUAUUCUUAUCCUCUUCCAUGAACCAGCAGAGACCGUAGGAGAUGAUACCAGAACAGUAAACCUUGGUGCAAUCAUCAAUACAAAUUCGCGCAUUGGAAAGGAAGUGAAGACAGCAUUGGAAAUAGCUAUCCAAAGCUUCAACAACUAUAGUGACCACUACAAGCUAGACCUCCAAAAACGUGAUUCAGGCGGAGAUCCUCUUAAAGCAAAAUCUGCCGCGGAACAGCUCAUCAGGAAACAGCGGGUGGAGGCCAUUCUUGGGAUGGAGACAUGGCAAGAAGCUGCGUUAGUUGCUGAAGCAGGAGACCGAGCAAAAAUACCCAUAUUUUCCUUCGCUACAACUUCUGUCCCCGCGUCAUUGACGAGCAAGCAAUGGCCUUUCUUGGUUAGGAUGACCAACAAUGAAGCGACAAAGAUGAAAUGUGUGGCUACCGUUGUUGGUGCCUAUAAGUGGAGGAAUGUGAUUGCAAUCUAUGAAGAUGAUAGUUAUGGAAGCAAUUCAAGAAUGUUUGUUGUUCUCUCUGAUGCUCUUCGAAAUGUAACCUCUCAGGUUGAGUACCGAAUGGCUUUCCCGCCCAUAUCUUUGCUUUCAAAUCCCAAAGAUGAAAUUUUAGAAGAGCUGGGGAAGUUAAAGAGCAAGCAUUUCGCUAGGGUCUUCAUUAUUAUUCAACCUUCAGUAUCAUUUGCUUCCCAUUUGUUUAAAGAAGCCAAAAGAAUUGGACUGAUGGACAGAGAGUCUGUUUGGAUUACUACAAAUGCGAUUGAUUCCUUCAACUCCUCUCUCAAUCCCUCCAUGCAAGGUGUUUUCGGAAUUAAGACUUACUUCUCUGAAAGUAGCUUUUCCUUCAAUGAUUUCGAUUCUAAAUUCAGGGAAAAAUUCCGUUCUGAGUAUCCAGAUGAAGAGAAAUUCAAACCCGGAAUCCAUGCAGUUCGAGCAUAUGAUGCUAUUUCUACUCUAAAAAGUGCAAUGAAUAACAAUUAUAGUAUUACUACAUCAAAGUUAUUGGUAGAGAAAAUAUUGUCUAGUAGAUUCAGUGGCUUAAGCGGAGAAAUUCAGUUCGAAGACGGAGAAUUUGAUAAUUCUCCGGUUUUCCAAUUUGUUAAUGUCACAGGAAAUAGUUACAAUUAUACCAUGGAAGGACUGAAGGGAGGAACAGUGGAAUGGCCAGGAGGGCUACGGAGAGUACCGAAAGGAUGGGUAUAUCCUAGUGAUUUAAAGCCCAUGAAAAUUGGUGUUCCGGGGAGACCAGUGUUUGAAGAGUUCGUCAAAGUGAAAAGAAAUAAGAACCCAGAUCUGCCACCAGUGCUUACAGGUUUCUGCAUUAAGGUUUUUGAAGAGGCUGUUAAGAUCUUGAGCCAGACUAUAUCUUAUGAAUUUGAAGACUUCAAUGGAACCUACGAUGAUCUCAUUAUGAAAGUCAAUGACACGACAUAUGAUGCUGCAGUUGGUGAUAUAACGAUCUUGGCCGACCGAUCCAAAUACGUGGAGUUCACUCGACCCUUCACACCAUCAGGGCUGUCAUUGAUAGUCCGUGUGAAGAAGGAAUCUCGGGCAUGGAUGUUCCUUAAGCCUUUCACAACAGAGGUAUGGGUAGUCACUGGUUUGGUCUUGCUCUACACCAUGUUCGUGGUCUGGUUCUUGGAACAUGGAUCAAAUCUAAACUUCAAAGGCACAAGGAAGGUUCAACUAGCCAAUCCCUUGUGGUUCACCUUCUCAACACUCUUCUUUUGCCACAGUUCACAUCUUGCUGCUGACUUUUCCAAUGCCAUUCUACAACUAUUGGAGAAUGGAGAUAUUACAAGAUGGGAAGAAGAAUGGUUCAAUGUUGAUGCCAAAUGUUCAAUAUCAGGAUCUGAUGUUAACAAGGAGAGCUUGGGCCUUGAUAGCUUUGGGGGGCUUUUUGCUCUCACUGGUGGCGCAUCUACCAUGGUCUUUAUAAUACUCUUUGUCCUUCGCCUAAGGAAGAAACGUAAACAGUACCAAGCGAUAAGCGGAGAUAAUAUUAUGAUGUCCUUAAGUAAUGGAAGUCGGUGGGCUCGAGUAAGAGAACUUUUACCCGUACUUUUGCACCAGACACCAAGCCAGCAUCAUCUUUCAGAGAUGAGUCAUCUUGAGUAUAACAGUACUCCGGGGUAUGGUCAAGCUCAACCAAUGGCUGAAAUUGAAAUGGAGGAGACAUCCACUACCGAUUUAUUAGUGUAA